GUGGUGGGCUGUGGGUGGGGGAGGGGAUGGACCGAGUCCUGAGUUGUCCGGAUGAGGGUUCGGGAAGGUUUGGCGAGUAAGAUUCCAUUCCUUGGGUCUGCACCAGUUUCCCUACCCACCCCCCACCCCGUCUCCGUCGGCUCCCCGACUUCUGGGCUUGAGACUGAAAGAGCAUCCCGGGACGGGGCCUUCCAGUCCCGAAGCAGCCUAUACAGAGACCCUGAAAUUCUGAUCUUGAAGUUGGAGGCUCCUGGGGAAGUUGGUUUAUAACCUUUUAGAAGAAUUAGAGGAUUUGCGGCUGCCUGACCCCAGCCUAGUGUGUGUAGUGCGGAGGCUCAGGCAGCAUGACGACGGAGACCUUCGUUAAAGAUAUCAAGCCUGGGCUCAAGAAUCUGAACCUCAUCUUCAUUGUGCUGGAGACAGGCCGAGUGACCAAGACAAAGGACGGGCACGAGGUUCGGACCUGCAAGGUGGCCGACAAAACUGGCAGCAUCAAUAUCUCUGUGUGGGACGACGUGGGCAACCUGAUCCAGCCUGGAGACAUUAUUCGGCUCACCAAAGGGUACGCUUCAGUAUUCAAAGGUUGUCUGACACUAUACACUGGACGUGGGGGUGAUCUUCAAAAGAUUGGAGAAUUCUGUAUGGUUUAUUCUGAGGUUCCUAACUUCAGUGAGCCAAACCCAGAGUACAGUGCCCAGCAGGCACCCAAUAAGACGGUCCAGAACGACAGCAGCCCUACGGCUCCCCAGCCUACCACCGGACCCCCUGCCGUUUCUCCAGCCUCUGAGACCCAGAAUGGGAAUGGACUGAGUGCCCCACCAGGUCCUGGUGGUGGCCCGCACCCUCCUCACGCACCCUCGCACCCUCCCAGCACCCGAAUUACCCGAAGCCAGCCCAACCACACAGCUGCCGGCCCUCCUGGCCCCUCCAGCAACCCUGUCAGUAACGGCAAAGAGACCCGGAGGAGCAGCAAGAGAUAGCAAGACAUUCUUCCUCCCUUCCCACCACCCACUAUAGCCCAAGUGUCUCCUAGAGAACACAGCCUUUUACUAGGCUGCUGGCUUGUGGGGGGUGGGAGUCGAUAGGCAGCAGUAUUUUAUCCACUGAAUUUCACUGGAGGGGUGGUGAGCAGUUGGCCUUAUCCACCCUAAGCCCAUGCUCCCUGCCUUACCCAGCUAGAUCUGCCUAUCCCUGGGGAUUCAAGGCCCUCUUUCCCUUUAGAAACGACAGUCACAGUCUGUUUCUUGUGUGUGUGAUGUGGAAAUCAAAUCAAAUCUCUCCUUCCUAAUAAAUGUUACCACUCUGUA